UUCAAACGGCCGCAGACGACGAACCGAGGAGACGGAGUCUGAAGAAUCACUGUUCCUCCAGCAGCAUGUCCCGUUUGCCAGUUAUGUCAAGUAAGAGGGUGUUGAGCACCAACAGCUCCGCAAAUGUCCAGGAUUUUGCUCCUGCUCAGAAGAGGGUCCGUAAGGAUCCAGAGACGGACAGACCUCAGACUGCAGCCACAGUCAUUGGUACCAAGCGGCCUGCAGCGGCUGUGGCUGCAGCCAGGCCUCCUCUGUCUCGGCCAGUCAGAGGUGCAGGAGCUGCCACGGUGGCUGUCGGUCCGUCCAGAGGUGUUGUCAAACCUUAUGUUGCUUCCACUGCAGCCAGAGGAGGCAACAUGAAGCCACCCGCAGGAUCCACGGCCCCGAAAACAGCUGGGAGCGGCGCCCCCCGCCGCCAUGCCUGGGACCUGAAGGGAAAGGUGAGCGACAUGGAGGAUAAAAUCCGAAACUACCAGACCCGGGUCAAGUCCGUCAACCAGGAGAACGAGGUGCUGAAAGGCUCGAUGGCCCACAACCAGACAAAAGUGGUGGAACUGGAGGAACAGCUGAAGAAGCUGGAAGGCCAAAUCAUUGACUAUGAGACGGAGGUGAAGGCGUUAUCAAAUGUCCGCAGCGAAUUGGACAAAGUGUCGAAUGAGAAGAGCUGCCUCGAGAAAGAGCUCUGCAGCUUGGAGAGCAAAUACAGAGUUGUGGAGACUCUGCGGGACAGCCAGGAGACGGAGCUCCAGACUCUGAAGAUGAAGCUGUCCGUGCAGGAGUCCACGCUGGCCCGCCUGCAGGCCACCCUCCGGGACACCGAGGAGCAGGUCCGCUCCCUGACCGACACCGUGGCCCAGCAGAGCGAAGAGCUCCACGCCGGGGAGAUGGAGCGCCGGAGGCUCCACAACACCAUCCAGGAGCUGAAGGGCAACAUCAGAGUGUUCUGCAGAGUGCGCCCCCUGCAGGGCGGCGGCCUCAGCAAGCACAUCCAGCUGGCAGCGAGCAACAACAAGAUGAUCACGCUGGCCAAAACCGAGGAGUCCCACACAGGCAAGACUGCUGAAACUCACAAGAGCUACAACUUCAGCUUCGACCGAGUGUUCGGGCCGGGGGCUUCACAGCAGGAGGUCUUUGACGAGAUCUCGCUGCUGGUGCAGUCGGCCCUGGACGGCUACAACGUGUGCUGCUUCGCCUACGGCCAGACGGGCAGCGGGAAGACGUUCACCAUGGAGGGUGGGGAGUUUGAUGACAGCAGGGGGUGUAUCCCCCGAGCCGUGCAGCAGGUCUUCAGAGCAGCGGAGAAGCUGGGAGCUCAGGGCUGGGAGUUCACCUUCACAGCCAGCUUUGUCGAAAUUUACAACGAGACCCUGCGAGACCUGCUGUAUACCGGCAAGGGCAGCAAGAGGCCAGAGCACGAGAUCCGAAAGUCAGCCAGCAACGAGGUGACCAUCACCAACCUGUCGUACCGGAAGGUCUCCACCGAGGACGAGGUUCUGGGUCUGAUCGCCUUGGCCAAUCACAACCGCGCCACGGCUCAGACGGCGCAGAAUGACCGCUCCUCCCGCUCCCACUCGGUCUUCCAGCUGGAUAUUGAGGGAGUGAACGCUGGCAGGGAGGUCAAGUGCAAGUCCACCCUGUGCCUGGUGGACCUGGCUGGCAGUGAGCGCAUGGUGAAGAGCCAGUCGCAGGGAGAGCGCUUCAAAGAGAUGACGGCCAUCAACGGCUCCCUGUCUAACCUGGGCAUCGUCAUCUCCGCGCUGGCCAACAAGGAGAGCCACAUCCCAUACAGAAACUCCAAGCUGACCUACCUCCUGCAGGGGUGCUUGGGAGGCAACAGCAAAACCCUGAUGUUCGUGAACGUGGCCCCCGAGCCGGACAGCUUCGGGGAAACUCUCAACUCUCUGAGGUUUGCCAGCAAGGUGAAUGACUGUGUGAUCGGAACAGCAAGCGUCAACAGGAAGUAGCUCGUUUCUUUUGGCCUUGAUGGCCACACCACAACAUAAGAUCCUGAACAACCUUUUCAGUCAGCCGCUGUGCUUCAGCCUGUGUGUAAACUCAGGGCCGUUUACUGAUGCUGGCUUUGAUUUCAAUCGGCUGUGCAUAUUUCUUUGAAAGACUGUAACCGCCUUUCUCACGUGCGCGUGACUUUCCAGGGCUUCUUGCUCAUAACUUUCUCUGGCAUGUUUGAUUAUUCAUUGGAAAAUGUGUGAUAUAUUCAGUGUUUUUGCUGUUAGAUUGAGUUUGCUUUUUUUUCUUUGUAUUCAGUGUAGCUUUACUUUGUUUUUACCGUUGGACACAAUGAUAAUAAAGAUGCUCAGCAGACGGGCUUCAUGCCUCUCCUGCUCAGGAAGCUCCAAAAAUACCUGCGUCAGAAGUUCUCCUGAAUGAUUUGUAUAUUUUAUGGUCAACCUGUUGAGAUUUUAGUGUUAACUCUGAAGUUUUGCUCUGAAGUGAUCUCAGACUUUGUUUGAGGGCAGAUUUGAGUUUAAAUGUGGAGCCGGGUCAGAAAACCGAAGACGGAGUAGCUGCUUUGGCUCUUUGAAAGGAGGGGAGACGACUGCUUCUGAAAAUGAAUUAUUAACCAAAACAGCCAAAGGUUGCUUUCUGUCAGUUGACUGAUUCUUGCAGGAGUAAUAAAUGUGCAAAUAUACUUUCCUGUCUUUGUUUGCUUAAAUGAUAUUGAAUUGAUUAAACACAUGUACAUUAA